AUGGUCAAGCUAGCAUUUGCAUUUAUUGCGGCUGUAGUCUUGUGUUUUUGCGGCAGCUAUGCUGGGAACUUACUGCCGGAAGAACUAGAUUCGCUGACAGAUUUCAAAUAUGGAAAUUUAAAGGACCAAAGAAGCCGUAGUGAAGACCCUCAUGAGGAGGAUGCUGAAUUCCAAGAUGAUAGCUUCAAAGAUUACGAUGGUUCGAAAGAGGAUCAAGGUUAGUUCACGGUGCUUAAUUAAUUCAGUUUCUCUUUAGAAAAAUACAAGCUUUAACGCACCAUCACGAGUACGAUACUGGUACGAAAUUCUUCUUUUACCUAGCUCUUUUCUCGAGUAUGCAUUUUCUUCACGUUUUGCUAUGGCCUGGGACUUAAGUCGUCUUUGUUUUAUUCGCCACUAGAUCACAUGACAACAGAAAGCAGGCAACGUCGAUUUAUUAGCGCUAGAUGUGGAGGAACAACUUACAACCCGACAUUUCGUAUGUGCUGUGGCGGUACAAUACAAGUCAGGUCGGGAAUCAGACCCGCGUGUUGCGGGACCCAAGCUUACGAUGCUAGUUUCAGGAUCUGCUUUGGUGGCACUGUACAAUUCAGGUCGGGAAUAAGACCCGCGUGUUGCGGGACCCAAGCUUACGAUUCUAAUUUCAGGAUGUGCUGUGGCAGUAUUGUAAAAUUCAGAAGCUGACCAGUCUCAAGUGAAAAUAGUAUAGUGAUGAUAAUGAUGAUGAUGAUGAUAACGUUAAAGAUAAAGAUAAAAACAAUAAAGAUAAUAAUAAUAAUGAUAAUAAUAACGUAAUAAUCAUAAGACAACAUUUCAAGAAGCAGCAGUGAUCUGUGCUUUAAAUAAUCAUAUUCUGUCUGGAGUCAUGAGAAAUCAAAUAAAAAAGUAAGACGCCCUUGAAAUUGUCCUGGCUGCGCUUCUAAUAUACAAGGAAACUGGUGUCAGUUCAGUCUCUCGCAGUAGUUUUCCUUUAUCGAGGACUAAGUAAAUUAACCCCCCACCACUUGCAAAAAAGUGUAUAGCGGGAGUAUAGACUUGCUCGAAACAAAAGCCAUAAUUUAUCAAAAAUAAAACAAAAACAGCGUUAAUAAUCAUCGUGAGUUUUCGUAUUUUUAUAAACUUGACGUUUCGUAUGCUUUUCAACAUACAUUUUCAAAAGUGAUCUUAAGUGACCGUAAAAGAAAAUGACGAGACUAUAAAUUCCAAAAUAGACCCUGUCAAGGUUUUCGACGCCAUCUUGACGAGUAGGCAAACGCGUCAGAAAUUACAGUGAUUGUAUGAGAAUCUAAUGUCGAAUAAUUUCCGUAGAACGACUGUUCUGAAAAAAAUACGAUUUGUAAACUAAAGCUUCACUCCUAAGGAUUCUCUUGAAAAAAUUUGAGAGCGUUGCAUGCACUAGACGACCUAGAACCACUUUUUUAAAUUUCCUAUACAUUUGUCUGUUGGAAAGUCCCCGGAAAAUUACAGACAAAUAUAUGGAAAAUCUAAAGCAAGCCUCUGGAGAAAUUCUAUCACGGGUACGCCCCCCAAAUUUUUUAGGACAAUUCUUUGCUUUGUUGCUUUCGUUUACAAUUGAUAUUUUGUUCAGAACGGCCGUUUUAUGGAAAUUAUUCGACAUUAGAUUCUCAUACAAACACUGUAAUUUCUCAUGCGUUUGCCUACUCGUCAAGAUGGCGUCGAAAACCGUGACAAGGUCUAUUACAAGGGGUCUGAAAAUGAGAUUAAGAAUUUAACAAUUCUUAACUGUAAAGAAUACAAAAGGCAACAGCUAAUCAAGCAUCAACUUUUCACUGCUGAUGUUGACAUUGAAGGCUGGCUUAUUAGUAUAGGUAAUAGCAUGAUUUGUAGUGAUAUUUGGCAUAAAUACCACGAGUGAUAUUUCGAAAUUGUUAUAUUUCACGAGCCGUUAGGCGAGUGAAAAUUGAGACAAUUUUGAAAUAUCACGAGUGGUAUUCAUGCCAAAUAUCACGUACAAAUCAUGCUAUUAUUUGUUUAUACUACUACCCACAAAAGGUUUGUAAUUUUCACAUGUAUAGGUAUUACAAAUUAAGCUGAAAUACCACUGCUCUAAGCCAGUCAAAUUGCAGUAAUUUCUCAUGUAGUAGUAUAAGGUCUUGAAUAAACAAAGUUUCUUUUAUCUUACAAUGAUAAUCUGUUUUGCCAGAUGCUAAGAUUUCAAAGUGAUCCAAGUUAAUGUUAUGUCCGGUGGCAGUGAUAUGGUCAGCAAUAGCUGAAGAGUGAUCAUUUUUCUGUUAGGGACUUGAAGUGUUCAGUUUUGCUAUCGCUCUCAAUUAUUUUCAAUAGAAUCCUUAGGAGUGAAGCUUUAGUUUACAAUUCUUAUUUUUUUUUUUUCAGAACAGCCGUUCUACGGAAAUUAUUCGACGUUAGAUUCUCAUACAAACACUGUAAUUUCUCACGCGUUUGCCUACUCGUCAAGAUGGCGUCAAAAACCGUGACAAGGUCUAUUCUGCGAUACUACUAGGGUGCGUUCGAUCGGGAAAUCUGGAUUUAGAUUUUAAAAUCCGUUUUCGGAUUUGCAAUCGAACGCGAAAUCCGAAAACGGAUUUCAACGCGGACAUCAUGCUGAGACAUCUCUUUUUGGAUUUUCCGGGAAAUCGGAAAAAGGAUUAGAAAAAUAGAGCACGAAAAAUGAAAUUUACGAACUUUACCUGGCGUGAUUCCUUAAAGUUCCGUAAAGUUCGAAGGCAAAGCUUUACGCAAGUUUACACUAUCAUAAAGGCGCGUAAAGUUGAACUAGAAAAGCUGCCGUAAAGGAUGCGUAAAGAAAGCACUUAACGGCACGCAAGAAAAAGAAUUAACAAAGAGAACACCGCUGUUGACGAGAACAGUUUUGCAAAUCCUUUUUCAGAUUUCCCAAUCGAACGGUAAAAAGGAAAUCCAUGAAAUCUGGAUUUGGAUUUCUUAAUUGAAAUCCACCAUGAGGACGGAUUUCUCGGAGGUGAAAUCCGUUUUCGGAUUUCGCGUUCGAUUGCAAAAUCCGAAAUCCGAAUUUCCCAAUCGAACGCAACCCUAGUAUUCAUUCUUAUAACACUCGGUCUUCCUCGUCAAAUAACCUCUAUAUUAAGAAAUCUAGGCUAGAUAUCCAAAAGAGAGCUUUUUCAAGAAACGCUUCAAAACCAAACUCCAGUCUUUCCUUGUUGAUAUCUGUGAAACAUGAUGACUAUAUUGAUAUUUCCCAAAUUACCUCUGCUCUGAAAAUAGAACUUAAGUCAUUCAAACUUACUCAGUAACACCAUGUAUAGAAAUGGUAAUACUGAAAUAACUUGUUGUUGUUUUUGUUGUGUUUAAUACCGACACCAAUGACAAGCUAGGAAACAAAUGAUGAUAAUCUUCUCUCACCUCAUGUUGGCAUUUUCCCCAAAUGUGACAAUUAUACGAUUCAUGAUCAUCAACGGGUAAAGGCGUUUUUGUUCAAACCUCAAUAAAAUGCGUCUUGUUUUGCCCUCGCUAUGUCAUACAGGAAAAAAGAAAAGGAAAUUUCUACAAGAGUACAAGUAGUAUCAUUUGUACUCAGGUCAUCCGUAAUUCAGAUGAAUGAAGCAAGCAUCACAAAACUAGGAAAGGCCGCCACCGCAAUCUAGACAGCAAAAACACUGUUCUCUUGGUAAUACCAUGAAAACUAAGGUUGGUAAGGAGCUCGCUUGAUUACAUUGUACAAAACAUUGCAUGAAAUUCCGACAAGCCGAAAACAACAGGUUGUAAGGUGGGGUUUUACAUAUUUAUCGGAACAGUCAUAAAGUAACACUUCCUUUUGUUUUUUCAGCUCUGUAAAAAGUAUUUCUCGACUGCGCUGAAUAAAUUUAGUCCGCGUUUAUACCAGAGGGUAUAAAACGAAGGAACACACCCAGUAUUUAGAAUUGAAAGUAGUGACUGGAAGGCUGAAUGCUGUAGUGUUGCCUCUUUUGGAUUAAUUUUUGCUACAUUAGUCAAGACGAUAACAGGUUUGUUCUCUUAAUAUGUCAUUUCGUUCAGAGGUUUAUACAUCAGAGCCUGUCUCUAUAACUGAAAACGUGUUAUAAAGUAAAAGCGACGCGUGUUGACUGAAGUUCUUGGCCAAACUCUUACAUCCCACGAUGUGUCGUUUAGAAGUAAACUUGAGUUGCUGCUCCGUUUAUUUCAUUUUUUUUAGGAUACAAUUUGGAUAGGUUUAGAGCAAAUACAAACUGACUCAAUAGUAUUCAGUAGACAAGCUAACUUUUUCGCCUUCUACCAACAGUUCCCUGCAGCUUCUUCUCUGAAAGAGAAUGCCUCGAAGACUUUGGCGUGGGAUCCUUCAGCCAGUCUCUGUUUAUGUCAGGUAAUCAAAAGUUUUAACUUCACCGUUUUCUUAGUUAGAAUCUGUUUCUUAAUCUCCGAGAAAUCGAUAUCAUUUUUUGUGGCGGAAAAGUAUCAACGUGUACUGAUUGUAACCUAAACUAGCUUUCAGUGUCCUUCCAGUUUUAAUUGAAAUGGACAAUUCAUACUUAGUAACGUUUUUGAAAAUAAUUUAAAUUUUUGUUGACCGAUUAUGAUGGUCUCAAAAUUAUUCUAUAGCGCGGAUCUGAUGUUGAUUAAAAUCUCAUUUUACAAUUGAAAAGUACGAAUGAAACGGAAGACAUUUGUCUAAAAAUAACGAUAAUUUGUCCCCCUUUGUCGGCGUCGGUGAAUGAAAAUUUGCGAACUUUGAGGAAACAUUAUGCAUAAGAAACAGCCAGGAAAACCUGUGAAGACUAAACGCACCAAGGAAAUAAAUUACUCCCCUAAUCUCUUUUGUUUUGUCACACAGAAAUCUGAAGACCGAUGGCGCGUCCAACGAACUUUCGUUCCCUUCAGUUCAACAAUGCACGUACAGAGUCCUUGGAAAGUCCAUUCCGACAAGCGAACGGAAGGCCGACAGAUAAGUGUAUUUAAUAUUAUAGACUAUUAAGUUGUUUUUACAACUAAGGAUGACGAAAAUAGCCGUAUUUGCUUUGAAAAAAAAAGAAAAUGAAAUUAAUUGGUGAAUUUUAUCUGGGCUGUUUCUAAAAACAUUCGAUGUGUUGGCAUUAAACAAAAGAUUUGAGUUUAUAUAAUCUCAGUUUAUUUUCUUUUCCCAAUUGAAUAUUGUUUCUCUCAGAAGCGCUACUUUCUACUUUUGAAAAAGAUCAAAUAACUCGCAUGCUAUGAUCGUAUAAAUUUGAAAUCAUUUCAGCUAAAAUGUUUGCAAGAAAAAUCCAGUAGGAUUGAUAUUUAGUAUAAUGGAGUAAUUGUGUCUCAUGAACUCUUAAUAAGGCUGGGAGGUUUUGUGAAGUCCUACAAAUUUGGGCAAAAAUUGGUCAACAUUCAUUCGAUAGUUUUUUUUGGCUUAGCCGGAGACACUAUUUGAAACCCUAUGGCCUAAUGAUACGUUACUCUGGGCUUGAUUCAAAUGAUCAGCAAAAAUGCGGCAUAAAUACCGCAUUUUUUAUAUUUUAUUGCGACGAUGCGCUGCAUGCAAGAAAGCACAAUAAAGUUUAAUCUUGCUUAUAUGCGUCUUUUGUGGUCUUUUGUUAUUUUGGAUAAUUGAUUACUGUUUGUUGCCGGAAUUUCUGUCGUCGGGGUCACUUAGUUUUCUGCUUUAAUUAUUACUUCUUUAACUUUGUUCAAACGAUACCAACAAAACUUACAGAUUUUCAUUUAAUAUUUCACGACUUUUCUUUGAUCAAUUAUAGCUGUUAAUUUUUCAUUUAUUAUAAGAACUCCGUUCAUAAACAAAAUUCACUAGGCAAAUGACUUUUUUAGAAUUCACUCCUUGGCAUAUGGAAUUUUUCAAGGGCGAGAUGGAUCAUUAGUCUCAAUGGCUUUCGAAGUCGCUGUAACAACAUAACAGAGCUACCAAUCUAGCUUUUUGAGCAAGAAAACAAGCGAAAUUUAGGAAAAACAGCGGAAAGUACAAUAAAGAUAGCAAAUACUCAGCAAAAGAUAUAAAUAGGCUAACCCAUUAAUAAGACUGAAUCUGCCUAAGAUAUAUCCUGAGAUAUAACUUAGGAACAUUAGGACAUUAUUUUAGACAUGUCCUAUUUGCAAAUUAAAUAUCCUUAUGUCUACUCUAAAGUAGGCUUAACUUAGGAUAUUUACAUGCAUACCCACAGUACUGUGAAAAAGACUUGAGGACAAAAUUCGCAGAAUUUCGUCCAGUUGUCUACUCUUUCGCCGACAUUUCGUUGAAUGUUGGCGAUUUUAAACUAUCAAAAAAUACAUGAAAUUUCGUUUCGCAAGCAUUUUUUCGCGCUCGGCUGCGGUUUGGCUUAACGGUAUUUCUUUGCAUCGCUCCAUCUAUAGACCUCUUUAGCACGUAUAUUUUGUUUUCCUAAUGAAGGUCCCAGGGGAAUUUGCCCUAAGGGUCUUUUAAUAAAUUAUUCAUACAUAUGCUCGUGAAUAUGGAGAAAUUUGAAACAAACAGUUUUCUGGCGUAUUAUCAGUUGACCUGCAUCGGGAAUACAAAAUUAACAAGAGCUAAGAAGGUCUGUUACUGAGCUCAUUGACUUAGUGCCUUGCAACUGGAGACCUCUGUGACAACAAGCCAUUAAAGCUAAAUUGUAACUGGAAAAGGACAUAAAAUAAACAAAAAUUCGCCAAAUUGAAAUUAAGAAGUUGGUUCAAAGCUAGAAGAACUGCGCGUUACAAGCAUUAAAAUCUUACAUGAUUGCAAGCCUUGUUCACUUUGAUCUUAGCAAAGAGAAUAUACUGCAUAGGAAAAAGCUUUAUUCACCGCCAGUAUGCUUUCGUGAAUCCAGCUCUUAAGUGACAGCAGUACAAUUUUCACAAUUUUGGGUUCAAAAGAUACGAACUUUGAUAUUUUUUGAGCCAUAUUUGUCGAUCAUUUAAAUCAAGUCCAACGUAAUCGGGUCGGCCCGCAUCUAUAAACUUAGCUGAGAAAACUACCGAACAAUUAUGUUGACCAAUCUGCUGUUCAAAGCACCUCUUUAACUGACAUAUAACGACAAAUUCGUUAAGGGUAGUAUAUUGAUAAUUCAUAUUUACUCACUUAUUUAUAUUCUGUUACUGUAUAUGCUAAUUGAGAGGAUCAUUGAUCUUUUUUUUUCGUUAGAUUGUGCGCUUGGGACACAGAAGACUGGACCAUCCAGGGUCACCUGUUGAUCGCUUAAGAGCUGCCAGUCCUGCAGGAGUCCUGACUGUCAUUAUAGAAGAGUUGUCUCUUUUCACCAGGAAACGGACGAGUGUGGAGAUAAGUAUUUGUUAA